GAACCCAAAAAUAAUCAAGUUCACUAUCAUUAAAUUAAAAAUACUUAUAACCUUAACAAAUAAAUGAAACUUUCACCCAACAAUACAUGUUGCUUAUUAACAACAAUAAUAGUAAAUUUUAAAAUUUAUAAGCAACUAAAAAAAAAAGUUUAACUACAAAACAGUUGACAUUUAACAUCAUCCAGUUAAAAUGUCCGGUUGAUUAUUAAUUUAUUUAGUAGAUAAUAAUAAUAAUAAUUAUUAUUAUGGACAAAAAUACAGGAGGAGGUGGAGGUGCUGAUGACGAUGAUGUAUCAUUUCAUUUGGGGGAAUUGUUUAAUAGCUAUGAAGAACUGGAGUAUAAAUUAGAAAAAUUUUCUAAACGAAGUUUGGUUCAUUACUGGAGAAGAGACAGUAGAACUGUCAGCGGUGCCCACAUGAAAACUGCAAGGCCUAUUAGCGAGAAACUUAAAUAUUAUUCUGUUAAAUACGCGUGUAUUUAUGGGGGACAAAAAUUUUUACCACGUGGUGCUGGCAGACGGCAAUCACAAUCAAUCAGAACAAACUGUCCUGCUCAUAUUAUGUUAAGAGCAUCAAAGGAUGGAACAAAAUUAGAAGUUACUAGUGUAAAUAAUGAACACAAUCACGAAAUAUCUGAGGAAUUAUUUAAAAAAUUACCGCAAGAGAGAAAAUUAUGCGGUGAAAUGAAACGGGAAGUACAGGAGCUCAUGCAGUUACACAUUGAUCGGAAACGAUUGAAAGAGUAUAUACGUUUACGGACGGACAAAGUAUUACGAUCAAAGGAUUUGUUCAAUAUCGCCGCGGCAAAUAAAGAAAAGGUAGACAUUUCUCCCGAGAGAGCUUUUGAACUUUAUGAACGAAUGCGUGACUUGGUGGAUGUGCCGCGUAGCAAUUCUGGCGGUAAAGUAUUUUCGGAAUCUGAGGAUGAAAUGUCGCAGACUGUCAAACGAAUCAAAAGGGAACCGCCUCGAUCACCCUGGGGACAAGAUGAAUUAUCAUCAGAACUAGCAGAAGUAAGUGAAGGUAAUGAUGGGGAUGAUUCGUACACUCAGUUAUCACAAGAAGAAGUCGUCGAUGACAUGGACACAUCAGAAGGUCAAUUACUGAGCACAAAUACUGAGGGUGAUUUGAUAUCAGCCAAUGGAGAGAUAGUCGGUGAACUAGUUAUGGAAGACGGAGAUCCAUCAGUUAUCGUCGAGUCGAUAGUAAAUUCCGACGGGUCGGUAUUCGUUGACGAACGUGAUUUCAAUAGUUACUGCGAUGAUCAUCACUUAACACAUCAAGUAGACGAUGAUCAUCCCGAUAAUCAAGUCUUGUCAAUAGAUCCUAUUUCAACUGGGGUUGAAAUAGACAACAUUUCAAAAACGACAUCUACCUCACCCGUACCUGUGCAAACAAUUGAAUCAUUGUCAGCAGACAUUGAUGGACAUUCACCGGGUAUUAGUAAAAAUAAUAGUAAUAAUUCUCAUCAUCACAAUCAUCAUCAUCAUGACAACAGUAGAAUCUGGAUUAUGAAAGAAUCACCCCCUCAUGGUGAUGCUGAUAACUGUAUUGAUGACAGUGAUAUUAAUAGACCGUCUGGCGGAGAAAUUGCUGGAGUAUCUCGAACUACAAUAAAUACAGAAGACAAUACGGAUGUAAAUGAUGUCGUUUUUGCAGAAGAAGCUAGCCAUCAAUUAUUACUUGAGCAGCUUGCAGUAUUGAGAGCUGAAAAGGGCAAAUUACAUCACGAAACGGAAAUGCUGAAGCUGAAAAAAAAUAAACUUAAAUUACAAAUCGAUUGUUAUACUAAUGAAUUAAGUAAACAAGAGAUGGAAAAAGAAAAAUUGAGGCUGGAAAUAAAAUUACUCAAGUCAAAAGUUGUUGAGGACGCUAAUGAAUCACUUAAUGAUGUUUCUCAUUACAUAUUUGUACCUUAAUCCGGUGUUAUUUUAUUUAAAUAUUUUAUUAUUCAAAAGUGUAAAUAAUUUUGGUUACAUCUACUGUUAGAUUUAUUAUUAUUAUUGUUUACUAUUAAUUAUUAUUAUUAUUAUGUGUAUUAAUUAUAAGCUUAUUUAUAGUAUUGUAAAGAAAAAUAAAGAAAAUGUUUUUUUAAAUGUCUGAUGACUACUACAUGUGAGACUUAUGCAUUUUUCAUCAGCUGAUUAUUAAUAUAUGAUUAUAUAUUUUUAUUGUGAAAUGCGACUAUAAAAUAUUUUUAAAAAAGUGAAAAUAGAUAAAUUUAUUUAAUCGUAUUUUUUAAUCAUGCAAAAGUAUGUCGCGGUUACAAAAAGUUAAGCGCGGGUAAUACAAUAAAUGAUUUGCCAGGAAAUGAUUGUAUUCUUUG